AUUUUUGAUUCUUUCUUGAUUUCAGAACUGCGAGCGGACGACCAGUUUGUAAAGAAGCGAUAUGCUAAAUCACAAUUUUUGCCCCCUAGGACUGAAUUCGAAUCUGAAAAGGAUAGUUGUUUAAAACGUUGUCCAACAAAUGAUAAGGUUAUUCGCAAAAGGGAAGGAUGGAAAGCGAAUGAAAGUCUGAAACGUUUCGAGGAAAAUAUCAUUGAUUUGAUUGAGGCUGAGAUAAUGUCAAGGAAUGUUGACACCGAUUGGGGUGAUGUUGCUGGACUUGAAAAUAUUAAAAAAGCUCUGAAAGAAAUUAUUAUUUUACCAUUUCUUAGACCCGAUAUUUUUACUGGAAUUCGUGCUCCACCAAAAGGAGUUCUUUUAUUUGGGCCUCCAGGAACCGGCAAGACAUUAAUUGGUCGAUGCAUUGCUUCACAGUGCAAAGCAACUUUCUUUAAUAUUGCUGCUUCGUCAAUAACAUCAAAAUGGGUUGGUGAAGGCGAAAAACUCGUGCGUGCACUUUUCGGCAUCGCUCGAGUUUUGCAGCCUUCCAUCAUAUUUAUCGAUGAAAUUGAUUCUUUAUUGGUAAGUCGAAGUGAAGGAGAGCACGAAUCAUCGCGAAGAAUAAAAACGGAAUUUCUUAUUAACUUGGAUGGUUUAGCCACUUCAUCUGAUGAAAAGAUUCUUGUCCUUGGUGCCACCAAUCGACCGUACGAAUUGGAUGAUGCAGCGAAGAGAAGAUUUGCUAAGCGACUUUAUGUUGGACUGCCUUGCCAGAUUGCCCGAUUGCAAAUUAUACAUUCUCUUUUAAACGAUCAGAAGCACAUUAUAAGUGAAGAAGAGAUGCUGCGAAUCGCAAAUAUAACUGAUGGAUAUUCUGGUGCAGACAUGAAGCAACUUUGUGCUGAGGCUGCCUUAGGACCAAUUCGUGAUAUUGUGGAUUCAUCAUCACUCGAUAUUGCAACAAUUCAGAAAGAUGAUGUACGACCAAUUUCUUUUCGUGAUUUUGAUGAAGCAUUGGUGACGGUGCGCCCUACUGUUGCUGAAAAAGAUCUUUUCGCCUACCAAAACUGGAAUCAACAAUUCGGUUCUAUUCAGUAUUAA